AGGUGUGAUAAUAAUAAUAAUAAAGUAAAAAUAAAAUAUUUUUGAUUUCUACUUUUUACUAAAAACUUUAGUUUACUUUACUUUUCGAUGUCUAUCGGCGGAAGACAUUGUUUAUCAAAAAUAUUCCAACCUAUUACAAUAAUUUCUAAGAAGUCUAAUCUGACUAGGCAAGAUGUAACUUCUAAGAGCCAAAGACUGAUGCUAGACUUAGGUUUUAUUCAACAAGCUAGCCCAGGAUGUUUUCAUUUUUUACCUCUGGGUUUGAAAUCUUUGAAUAAACUCAUCAAAAUCGUAGAUGAUGAAAUGUUCAAGAUAUGUGGUCAGAAAGUACUCUUUCCAGGACUCACUAAUGAUAAGCUGUGGAAAAAUAGCGGUCGUUUGAAUGAGCCAGUUGCAGAACUUUUUCAGGUGAAAGAUCGACACCAUCAAAACUAUAUCCUAAGUCCUACUCAUGAAGAAGCUGCUACUGAUUUAUUGUCAUCUGUAUCUCCUAUUUCAUACAAAUAUUUUCCUCUUAGACUGUACCAGAUUUCCAGUAAAUUUCGUGAUGAAAUGAAACCAAGAUUUGGCCUGAUGAGAGGAAGGGAGUUUGUUAUGAAAGAUAUGUAUACUUUCGAUGUUGAUGUUGAGAGUGCCAAGAAAACAUAUGAAGAAGUUUGUGAAAGCUACAAUAGAGUUUUCGAUAGAAUUGGAAUAGAAUAUGUUAAAGUUUUGGGUAGUUCUGGUACCAUGGGUGGUACCAUGUCUCAUGAAUACCAAUUCAAAGCAUCCAUAGGCGAAGACAGAAUCUUGUGUUGCAGAAACUGUAACUAUUCUGCAAACAUAGAACUUUGUGGUGAACACAACUGUCCAAAUUGUGGGGAAGGAUCUAAUAUAAAUUUGCAAACAGGCAUAGAGGUGGGCCAUACCUUUUUUCUUGGUGACAAAUAUUCAAAGCCUCUUGGAGCUGUGUGUUCUUCCACAAAUUGUAAAUCUGAAGUACUUCAGAUGGGAAGUUAUGGAUUAGGCUUGAGUAGAAUUUUGGCAGCUGCAGUUGAAGUGUUAUCUUCGGAGACGGAAAUGAAAUGGCCAGAUGCUUUAGCUCCUUAUAAUGUUAUAAUAUUGCCACCCAAGAAAGGAAGUAAGGAAGAACCACAGACAAAGAACGUUGCAGAAACUCUGUACACAAAACUAGAGGAGGUAAUACCUAGUUUGAGAGGCAAUGUCCUUCUGGACGAUCGAACUUCACUAACUAUAGGACGAAGAUUUUUAGAUGCAAAACGUACAGGUUACCAUCAUAUUGUUAUUAUCAAUAAAAAAACCACAGAAAGUCCACCCUUUUACGAACUGAAUGAUACAGCAAUGAAUAGGCAGUUGAUUUUAAGUGAAGAAGAACUCAUAGAUUAUAUCAAACAAAACACUGUAUUUUAAGUAUUUAUUUUGUAAACAAUAUAUUGUUGUCCGAUUAUUUCAGUUGUAUUUGC